AUGCUUGAGAGUGGCCGGAAUCGGGCUGUUGGGCAUGAAGCUUUGUUAUUUGUUAACCCAUCACAUAACAUGACUAGUAAGGGCGAUAUGAAGGAUCUGAAGAUAAGCUUGAGUGCGCAGAAGAAGGAUUUAUCUGUGAAGAGAAAAGGUAUUACGUUACAAUACCUUUGCAAGAAGUUUAGAAACAGUGUCAGUGCCAUGACUUGGGGGUUCGACCGAGGACUCUGCUACUAUCAUCUCGGUACUGAUAGCGAGUGGUUGACUCCCGGUAUUGAAGAUCCCAUCAAGGUCUCCAGCUAUAACAAGUCUAUUGCUUGCACUGUAUAUUAUUAG